CAAAUACUUACACAAUCAAAUCAUCAACGAAACAGUUAUUAAAGUCAUACCUGCAUGUUUUGAUCGACAUAAUAGUUGAAGGUUUUAAGAUUUUAGUCAAUUUACACAAAUUUAUUUGACACCACACGACGCUAAACUUCAUUAUCUUGUCGAUUCAUAAAAAUAGUAAGUAAUUCAAAAUGAAUACCGAGAAGUUAUAUUUACCUAUUAAACGUGAAUUGUUGGAGUUUUAUGUUUAUUGGGUAGCAAUCCUAGUGCUCAAAGUCUUAUUGAUGAUUGCUCAGGUGGGCUUAUCCAGAAUAUACUAUAAGGUACCACUGAAUGCAGAAGAUGGUAAAGUUCUAAAAGCUGCAGUACGUGAGCAUGAAGUUGUAGACCGAAAUAGAAGAGCACACCUCAACGAUUUGGAAAACAUACCGUUCUUCAUCAUCAUUUGUUUCUUGUACCUACUAACAGAUCCUUCAGUGGGUUUCACUCAAUGGAUUAUAAGAAUAUACGUGUUGUCAAGAAUUCUGCAUACAUUUGCAUAUACAGUUUUGAAAUCUGUAAUAAGAGUUCCGAUAUAUGAAGUAGGCUUACUUAUCAACGCAUAUUUAACGCUAAAAGUUAUAUAUCAUUUUAGUUAAUAAAUAUUUUUAUUAAAAAAUACUUAAUUA